CAAAGGUGUCUACCCCUCCAAGAGGAGGGGCUUGGCCUAUGAAGGGGUGUCCAAACGUUGUGGAGAGGACAAGUCUUUCACCCCAGCAUCAGGUAGCUGAGAAUGCGUUUGUCCAGACCACUAGUAGACAUGGAGAUGGCAGACUAUAGCGAGGCCUUGGACCCAGCCUACACCACCCUGGAGUUUGAGAACAUGCAAGUGCUUGCGAUGAGCACAGACUCCUCGUCAGCUGAGAGUGCCAACAUGAAUGCUGUCAACCAUUUAGGGGCCGGCACCCUAUGUGCCAUUUGUGGGGACCGGGCCACAGGAAAGCACUAUGGAGCCUCCAGCUGUGAUGGAUGCAAGGGGUUCUUCAGACGCAGCGUACGCAAAAACCACAUGUAUUCCUGCAGAUUUAACAGACAGUGCAUAGUGGACAAAGACAAGAGAAAUCAGUGCCGGUACUGCAGACUAAAGAAAUGUUUUCGAGCUGGGAUGAAGAAGGAAGGUACUUGCUCAUGCUCUGUGCAGAAUGAGAGAGACAGGAUUAGCACCAGAAGAUCCAGCUAUGAAGACAGCAGUUUACCCUCCAUAAACGCACUCAUUCAAGCUGAUGUCCUUUCUAGACAGAUCUCAUCACCCAGUUCUAUCUUGAAUGGUGACAUCAGAACGAAGAAGAUAGCCACUAUAACCGAUGUGUGCGAGUCUAUGAAACAGCAGCUCCUGGUGCUGGUUGAAUGGGCUAAAUACAUCCCAGCAUUCUGUGACCUUCCCCUGGAUGAUCAGGUUGCUUUACUGCGAGCUCAUGCUGGAGAACAUCUGCUACUAGGAGCUGCCAAACGUUCAAUGCUGUAUAAGGACAUUUUACAAUUAGGUAAUGAUCACAUAAUUCCACGAAACUGUCCCGAAUUGGAGGUGAGCCGCGUGUCUAUAAGGAUCCUUGACGAGUUAGUGCUUCCCUUCCAGGAUCUCCAGAUCGAUGACAAUGAAUAUGCCUGCUUGAAGGCCAUUGUAUUUUUCGAUCCAGAUGCCAAAGGUUUAAGCGACCCAAGCAAGAUCAAACGUAUGCGAUACCAAAUUCAAGUUAGUUUAGAGGACUACAUCAAUGACCGGCAAUUCGACUCGCGGGGGCGGUUCGGCGAGCUACUUCUUCUGUUGCCGACGCUGCAGAGCAUCACCUGGCAAAUGAUCGAGCAAAUCCAGUUUGUUAAAUUGUUCGGAAUGGCGAAGAUAGACAACCUGCUACAAGAGAUGCUUCUGGGAGGUUCAGCUAAUGAAGCUCCUCAUGCCCAUCAUUCUCUACACCCACAUCUGGUCCAGGAGCACCUCAGUAACAAUGUCAUAGUCACCACAAGCAUGGCCACUCCAAUUCACAAUGGCCAGAUGUCGACUCCGGAAACUCCAAUCCCAUCUCCCCCGACGGCCUCAGGUUCUGAUCAUUACAAAAUGGCUCAGGGUGUUAUAGCCACAGUGCCCAAGCAACUAAGCUCCAUCCAUCAACCAACCAUCACUAAACAAGAAGCCAUCUGAGUGGCCUGACAACAGGCCUGACUAUGAUCAGAUGUUUGUUUUAGUGUACAGUAUUUUAACAGCUUGCCACUGGCUCUUAUAGUACUUUUAUGAUAUCCUGAUAGAAUACAUAACAUUUUGUGCCUUGGAAAUAUUGUUAUUUACCAAAAUGCUGGUAAUUAUUUUAUGUAUGCUAAGAAUAUGUGAAUUUCAUAUUUUUCUGUAUGUGCCAUACUUAAAUUGUAAAUAUAACGAUUUCCUUUUUUUCAUGAAUGGAUUUAGUCUAUUCUAAUUCAUGAUUUUAGGAUAAUAAUAAAAAAAAGUGUUUCCUGUUCAACCCCUUGUAACUAGAUAGUGAUGUGUAUGUAUGCAUACAGUAAGAGAAUGUCACACUCGUAUGUAGUUUUACAUAUUGGUCAUUCACUGCCCCUUUACAAUUACUGCCUUCUAGGAGAAGGGUUAUUUCAAACUUGCAAUAUGAACUGAUAUUAAAUGUCAAGGCUAUAUUUUUACAU